AUGGGGGAUUGGAACUUAUUGGGUGGCAUUCUAGAGGAAGUUCACUCUCACUCAACCAUAGUGGGGAAAAUCUGGCUGACCAUCCUCUUCAUUUUCCGAAUGCUGGUACUUGGUGUGGCUGCUGAAGAUGUCUGGGAUGAUGAACAGUCAGCAUUUGCCUGCAACACCCAGCAGCCAGGUUGCAAUAAUAUCUGUUAUGAUGAUGCUUUCCCUAUCUCUUUGAUCAGGUUCUGGGUCUUACAGAUCAUCUUCGUGUCUUCUCCCUCUCUGGUGUAUAUGGGCCAUGCCCUUUAUAGACUCAGGGCCUUUGAAAAGGAGAGGCAGAGGAAAAAGUCACACCUUAGAGCCCACAUGGAGAAUCCAGGGCUUGAAUUGGAGGAGCAACAAAGGAUAGAUAGACAACUGAAGAGGUUAGAAGAACAGAAGAGGAUCCAUAAAGUCCCUCUGAAAGGAUGUCUGCUGCGUACUUAUGUCUUACAUAUCUUGAUAAGAUCUGUGCUGGAAGUAGGGUUUAUGAUAGGCCAGUAUGUUCUCUAUGGGUUUCACAUGCACUCCCUCUACAAAUGCACCCAACCUCCAUGCCCCAAUGCAGUGGAUUGCUUUGUAUCCAGGCCCACAGAGAAGACCAUUUUCAUGCUCUUUAUGCACAGCAUUGCAGCCAUCUCUUUGUUCCUUAAUGUACUAGAAAUAUUCCAUCUUGGGAUCAGGAAAAUCAUGGGGGCACUUCAUGACAAGUCAGGCAAUGAGGGCGUUGAGGAUGAAAGGGGCCCUCCAUUUCAUUUGAAAAAAUAUUCAGUGCCCCAGCAGUGUAUGAUUUGCUCCCCCUUGUCUGAAAAAAUCUCUGUACUCCAAGACAAUAAUCAGCGACAAGUCACCCAGGUGACUGUGCCGAAGUCUAAAACCUUGUGGCAAAUCCCACAGACCAGGCAACUUAAGGUAGACACUUGCGGUGGAAAAAAUGACUGGGCUGAGAAGGAUCAGCACAGCGGACAGCUCCACAUCCACAGUCCGUGUCCCUGGGAUGACUGCGUUAGAAUUCAGCACCCGGGACAGCAACCAGGUAAUUCCUCCUUUGGCGCACAGAAUGCAAGGUCCCAGUCCUGGCUAGGUAUGCCGACGGCUCCAAGGCACUGUCCAUCCUAUGCAAUAGGAAACCGGGGGCAGUCCCAGGACUUGCAGCCCUCAGGGGAGCCUCUCACAGAUUUGCGCAGUCACUUCAGAGACAGCAAUGGCAGCCUGAGAGAAAGUGGGGUCUGGACAGACAGACCUCGCUCGGGCAGUCGAAAGGCCAGCUUUCUGUCCAGAUUGCUGUCUGAAAAAGGAGAGCUUCACAGUGACUCAGGAAGUUCCAAUACUCGGCAUAGCUCUUGCUUAGACUCUCCAUACCACGAAAACAGCCCCUCGCUUCUGCCUUCAGCCACUGGGCACAGAACCUCAAUGGUAAGUAAAGACCGGCUGACUGAUCCAGGAACUGUUGCAAGAGGUGUCCUGCUUGGGUUCCUUCUUAGCGUCCCCUUUCCUCCUUUGCGGUGUGUAUACGUUUGUGUUGAGAGGGAGGUUAACUUGUGGAGAGUUAAAUGA